CUUUCCUUGGUGUCAGGAGGAGAAGAAGACUGUUCCUUAGUUACCCUCAACAUCUGAAGUUGCUGCUUUGACCGUGUCACCGUUUCCGGCCUUUUCUUCAUUCAGGCAUCAUGACGAGCCAGCGUCCUCCCUCCGGCAUGGGUCGUCCAAUGAGUCGCACUGGGUCUGUGGCCACUAGUGCUGGAAGACCCCCAACAGCUGUCCGACCUCCUCCAACAGCUAUACGUGUUGCAACCGGGAUGGUUCCAGGUACAAGCGGUCAUAUGAGGGGCGGGAUCCCAAUUGCCACCCCUGGAGUCCUGUCAGCACAGAUCAAAGUGACUGACAGGCCAGUCACCCAACAGGGGCUCAGUGGGAUGAAGACGGGCAUGAAAGGACCUCAGAGACAGAUUCUGGAUAAGUCUUACUACUUGGGCCUUCUCAGGAGUAAGAUCACUGAGUUGACCACAGAGACAAGCAAACUGCACAAAGAGAUUGACAACUACAACCAGGAGAACUCUGUCUACCUCUCCUAUGAGAAGAGAGCUGAAGGUCUUGCUGCAGAGAUUAAGGAUCUACAAGGCCAGCUUGCUGACUACAAUAUGCUUGUGGACAAGCUCAACACCAACACAGAGAUGGAGGAAAUGAUAAAUGAUUACAACAUUUUGAAAGCCCAGAACGACAACGAGGCUAAAAGCAUCGACAGCAUCUUCACCGAGAGGAGGGAACGAGAGGAGGCGAUCAGGGCGAUUGAGGAGGAGAUCAGGAGGGAGAGGCAGGUCGCUGAUGAAGUCGUCCAAUCAAUGUCUGCUGCAAAACAAGAGAAGUAUUUCACUAUGGCUUCAGCCAAUGAGGAACUGUUACAGGAGCUCACUGUUCUGCAGGAGGAGCUGGACCUUCUGGUGACCAGGAAGGAGGACUAUGAAGCAGAGCUGGCCCACUCACACAUAAAACAGGAAGUGGUGCGGCUUCAUGAGACUCUGUCGACGCUGGAGGCGAAGCGUGACGCCAUGGAGGCCGAGCACAAGAGUCUGGGUUCACCCCAGGAGGAGAGAGAGAAGCUAUUCAAACAGGUGAAGGAAGACAACCAGGAAAUUGCCAGCAUGGAGAGACAGCUCACAGAGACCAGAGACCGGACCACACAAAUCACAGAGCAGAUCCAGCAGCUGGAGCAGGACUCAGAGGAAGCUCAGGGAGAAUGUCAACAGAAAUACAAGGAGCUGAAGAGGAAAGAGGAGGAAAUUGACCGGUUCCUGGAGUCAUUUGAGGAGUCCAGGUCUCAGUUGCAGGAGAAGAUGACACAGAGCCAGGAGGACACUGUCUCCCUCCUGGAGUACAGCAGCAGGAACAUGCUGCGGCUACGUCAGGUGGACACAGUGACGGCCAGUGAGCUGAGGAACAUGCAGGAGGUGCUGGUCAGCAAGGAGACUGAGGUGGUCCAAUCAGAGAGCACCGCCAAGGGACUGACAACAGAGUCGCAGCGUCUGCAGCAGGACCUGGAGAAGGUGCAGCAGCUGGAGGGGAAGAUCACUGGAGAGCUCAGCAGCCUGAAGGAGCGCGUCAGCACCAUGGAGACUGAGCUGCACACCUACAGAGACCUGGACACCCUGAGACACACAGCAGAGGAGAAGAAGAAGAGGCUGCAGGAGGCGCAAGUGUCGCUGACGCAGCGUCGAGAUUCUUUCAAACAGCUGCUGGACGAGAUGAACCAGAAAUAUGAAGCUCUGAAAACCAAACUGCAAGAAAACGAGACUCACGCUCAGCUGGCUAACCUGGAGAGGAAGUGGCAGCACUUGGAGCAGAACAACUUUGUGAUGAAAGAGUUCAUCGCUUCGAAGUCCCAGGAGAGCGACUACGCCUCAGUGGCCAAGAACGUCUCUCAACAAGUGGCCGACUACAACAAGUGUCUCAUCGACUCGCUGCAGAGCAACAGGAGCUGAACACAGGAACAGAACACUCGGUGACAACACUACUGCUACAUCCAUUGAGACUGCUGCUGUACCGGAAAAUCUUUUAAAUAGGUCUCUUUGAUUGAAUUUUGUAGGUAAUUAACUAAAAUAUUAUUUUGUUAUCGUAUUUUGUGAUCAAAUAGCUAAGAUAUUCUCAAUAAAGAGGUUUAAUGUAGUUGCGGCAAUCGGUUCUUGUAACUGAAAGAAAUAAAAAGGCCAAUUUUAAAA